CAACAUGGCGGGAUACAUGAAAAUGAUAAACGGCUACGGCUCCACAAAUACUCAACUAAUGCUUUUUAUGGUGCUCUUUAUCACGUUCAUUCAAGCGGCACAGCAGAGCACGGAUAAAAACCAUCCAAUAAUUGAUCUGCAAGAUGGAGAAGAGUACAUCAUGUCAGGGUCCAACCGGUUCUGCUACAAAAAUUCUGUUGUGCCAAACUGGAGGCAAACUUGGACAAGAAUUCAGGUGAAAGUGUGGAGUUCCAAGGUAUUUAAGGUGGACACCGUGGAAGGUGAGGAGGAGCUGCAGGAGCUGGACCGCUUCAGUGUCUGGGGUUGGUUUCAGAGCCUGUUGCGUGAGCGGCACAAUGAAACCACUAUUAAUAUCGCCCUGUUUACCAAGAAGACGUGCUUCAAAGUUGAUCCUACUGGACAAACUCAGUACACUGUGAAACCGAUUCGUAAGUUUGAUAUCUAUCUAUUUUUGCUGUUCCUCUCUGGUGUGUUGUUGUUCGUCUGUGCGGACUCCCUCAGCAGGAGUUCGGUUUUUUUCUACUCUGCUGGUAUGAGCACAGGCAUGAUUGCAUCUCUCAUAAUCGUUUUUUUCGUUCUGGCCCGCUUUCUACCGAAGAAAAGCCCCUUUUAUGUUUUGAUAGUUGGUGGCUGGUCCUUCUCAGUGUAUGCCAUCCAGCUUGUCUGCAGGAACCUCAGCACAAUCCUGCGAGAGCACUGGAACGUGGCAUUAGGUUAUGUGUUGGUGGUGGGAUUCGUCAGCUUUGCUGCGUGUUACCGUUACGGCCCUCUGGUGGAUGAGAAGAGCAUUAACAUCCUGUCAUGGACACUGCAACUGUUUGGCCUGCUUCUGAUUUAUUUGGGAAUUCAGAUUCAGCAAGUUGCUUUUGCCAUCAUUGUGGCAGCUGUGCUCUCUAAAAAUCUGGAGUACCCAGUCUUUCUGGGCAUUGCAGCUUGGAGGAAAGUCCGGCAGUAUUUUUUCUGGAAACCAGAGCCACGCCGCCUGUUGACUGAGGAGGAGUAUCAAAAGCAGGGCGAGGAAGAGACCCGACAUGCUCUAGAUGAGCUGCGGAAAUGCGUUAACAGUCCAGAGUUCAGUCCGUGGAAGACGGUGUCCAGACUUCAGUCCCCAAAAAGGUUUGCAGAUUUUAUCGAGGGAUCCCCUCACCUGAUGCAAAACGAGGUGUCUGUUCAUGCACAGGAAUACGGCUUUGGAGGAUCUUUUUUCGAGGAUGAGUUGUUUGACACCGAUGAUGAAGAGGAUGAUGUUAAGUUUGUGACAAAACCAGAAUGAGAUGGCACACUGUCAAAGACAUGUAAAAACAGAAGCAACUGGUGCUUUCCAGAGAGGCGGUGGGAGAACGGCUCCCCGUGGGUUUCCCGAGGGAUCUUAUUACGGAGGCUGGAUCGGAAGAAAAUCCCUGUGCUGACGUCGAGGCUUACCUGACGCACUUUCUAACCCCGUUACAACAAGCAAACUAUUUCAGAAAGAAACGGGAACUGAGAUUUUGUAGUAGUGAAAGAUUGGGACUUUGUCAAAGUGUUCACUAAAGUGGAAUCCACAAGCUCCAGAAGUAAAAGGAUAUAAAUGUGCUGAAACUCGGUGAUUAAGAUUACUGCAUUGUCUUAAAUUUUUUUUUAUUGAUUGAAAAAAAAUAAAUAAAAAUGUUUGUUUUCAACACAUGUUGACUCGAAAACACAAUACUUUUUACUUUGCUGUGGUAAGUUCUGACUUGUGUGAACAGCAGCCAGAUCCUGUGGUCUUUCAUCAUACUCAGUUCUUCUGAAGGAAGAAAUGUUUGCUCAUCUUUUCUUUUCAUUUAUUUUAUUGGACACAAGUGUUCCAUAGUAUUUUGAAUAAAAAAACCAACACAUUUUGGCUCUAUGUUGUGUGUUUUGGUAU